CCUUGAGAAACCCCCGGGCCUUUCAUCCUUCGUCCUUCCCCGACACUCCGAGGUUUGCCCAUUCCCUCCAACUUCGCCCUUUUCCACCAUUUGUAAUAUCUCAAGCAUGUUCAAUGGCGUUUUGGGUGGUUGGCGGGGAGGCAAGCCCAUUGUCCCAGUGCAACGGCCAGGCCUUCAGUCCCGAUCUCUACGUUGUGGGUGGCAAAAGGAGGAUUGGUCACACUGAUGAGGAUGCUUUUUACGACGACCAUCCGUACGCAUACGACGAGACGCCUCCGCACAAGAGAACCCGGAUAUCGCAUCUUGCCCCAGGUGCACACCGCAACUGUUCCCCGAGGGGUUCGGUGCCUGUCCAGAACCUGUCUUUUCUGGUCAUUCGAGAGCAAGCGUCGCCGUCACCCGACCCAGCCGACGCCGAUGUCAGCUCAUCGCAAAUGGAGCGAACCGCCUCCGGCCUCUCCAUUUCCUCGGACACAAACAUUUACAGCGCCCAAAACGACGACGACUUGACGCUUCUGGACGACGACGCCGCGGCGAGACUGGUCGAAGACCGACUGCACCUAGGCCGGCGACGUACGAAGGACACCCAGCAUGAGAGAAUCCUGCGGUCCCUCAUCCGCCCACGAUCCCGGGAUGCCGAAUUCUCCAUUGAUAAUGCUGCUUUGGAGAGCAUUUUCUCUGCCGCGAACGAAAUCUUCUUCCACAACAGCUUAUCGCAACGCGUCACAUGGGACUGGUCCCAUGCAUCCAGCGCCCAGUACAAGGAUCACAUCAUCGGCACUACGGCUCUUCGACGUUCUAAAAUGGGAGGCUUUGAGACCCUCAUCGUUCUAUCUAACCCAAUUCUCAAGAACAAACAGUACAACCGACGGCUGCUCAUUUCUACGUUUUUGCACGAGCUCAUCCACAGCUAUCUCUUUAUCAAAUGCGGUGUCAAAGCUCGCGAAUGCGGAGGCCACACGGCGGGUUUUCGAAGGAUCGCCGAACUCAUCGAUCUCUGGGCAGGUUCGGAUAACCUGCACCUCCGAGACAUGGAAGCCGACCUGGACCACUUUCGGGAAGAUCAAGAGUACUUCCCAGUUGACGACACGAAUUCCAUGAACACAACAUUCAGGGCCGUGUUUCCCGAGGUCCAUGAAAAUCUUAGCCCUCACCAUCAUACACAUUACGAACGCCAAUAUCACGAGCGAUCCCGAUAUCAAUCCCAGGAACGAUGGGACUAUUGCAUCAACGACCACCGCGAAUACUUCCCGGCCAGUCGGGCCAGCAGUCCCACCUCCCCAAUUCCCACGACAACUGAGGAGGACUCGGAAGAUGUGGAUCCUUUAGAAGAAGGCGAGAUACGCGAGCGACGUGGCCGACGCUUAUGCCCGGACGACUACGUGCCCAGCAGGCAUUCGUCGAACCACCGCGAACGACAUUAUGAGUCACACGACAGGCCUAUUUCAUAUGACGGGCGAUGGGCCUGUCCCGACGACCGGAGAGGGAUCGUUGUACUGGGUUACGGCAAUACUCCAAAAUCGGUCGCCUCACCAUACGUUGGGGGAUGUCGAGAUGCAUCUCCGACAUGUGUAUAGGGCAUUAUCCACACCACUUUUUCCUUCUCUUUUGUCUGGGGCUCACAAGAAGGCGGUUGGAUUGGUUUCAAAAGCAUCUUAAGCAUGGCGACGGAGUUAUUCCAUAUACUACUGCGGGCGUCUCUACCACCAUCGGGGGUUUUCUGGUGCAUUAUUAUGGGCUGGCGGACGGAAUAUCAUACCAGGCUAUCAUCUUGUAAUCCCGUUCGUCUUCUACCUCGUCAUUAACUAGACCUUUCAUCUACGGGCCCGUCUUCCAGACAGGCAGCCACACCACCCUUCCAU